AUUCACUCUUUACGAAUCACAAAACCCCUCCGCCGUAGUAUAUGUUUGCCGCCCCCCUAAAACCCCUGUGUUCUAUUUCGCCGCAUCAAACUCAACUCAAAGACGACACACAAAAUCCAACCUUUUUUUUUUCUCCAAAGGAUUUAAAGUAAAUUUCUAUUUUUUUUGGAAAUUUCUUCAGUAAAUGGGGAAGCGUGGGAAGAAUCAGAUAAAAGGUCCUCAGAAUUCAAAGAAAAUUAAGUUGCAUAAGAAAGAUGCAGACUUUAUUACUCCCGACGAUGAAAUUGAUGCCUUUCAUAAGAAAAGAGAUAUAAUUCCUUUGGAUAUAAAUGCUGAUAAUGUUGAUUCUGAAGACGAUGAUGAGGAGUUGUCUGUCUUUAAUUAUGAGGGUUUAAAUGAGGAUGAGGAUGAGGAUGAGGAUGAGGAUGAUGAGGAAGAUGAGGAUGAUGAGGAAGAUGAGGAUGAUGAUGAGGACGAUGACGAUGAUAGCAACCUCAAAGGCCUUGCUGCGAAAAUUGUAAGGCAGCAGAAAUAUUUAAGGGAGAAGACUGGUGGUAUUGAGGAGGAAGAGGAUGAUGAUGCUGAAGAGGAUGAGAAGAAAGAUAAGCUCUGGUCUAGAAGAAAGAGCGGUUACCACGGUGGAGAUAAUGUAGAUUAUGAGUUACAAUCAAGUGGUGAGGAUUCCCCUGCAGAGGAAGAGGAAGAGGUGAUAAAAUUGCUGAAGGAAAGAGCAGAAUCUUUGAGGGCUGAGGAUUUUGGACUCAUUGAUGAGCAGGAUGACAGUGAUGAUGAGCCGACUAUGGAGGAAAUGAUGGUCAAAGGGGGGAGGCCUAAAUCAAAAUCUUCCAGUGAUAAAGAAGCUGAAGUUGAUGCUGUGCCAAUGUAUGAAGAAGUGAAGAAAGAUUUAAGUGCAUUGUCAAGGGAUGAGCAAAUGGAUGUUGUAUACAGUUCUGCUCCAGAAUUAGUUGGACUGUUAGCUGAGCUCAAUGAUGCCUCCAAGCAGCUUGAGACUGAUGUUAAUCCCCUUCUUUCUAAGGUCAGAAAGGGGGUGAAUACUAAGAAAGAAGGAAUGCAUUAUCUAGAGGUGAAACAACUCUUGCUGCUCGCUUAUUGCCAAGCUAUCACUUUUUAUCUCCUUCUGAAAUCUGAAGGGCAGCCAAUUCGUAGCCAUCCUGUUAUAUCUCGUCUUGUGGAGAUCAAGAGCUUGUUGGACAAGGUGAAGGAACUUGAUGGGCUCAUCCCAGAUGGAUUUGAGGAUGUUUUGGUUGAAAAAAGUGAUAUUGCAACCGCUAAUAAGUCAGUCGGGAAAGAGUGUGGGUUAUCUUCUGAUCUUAUUUUAAAACUUAACGAGCUUGGGUCAUCAGCUGAGAAACAAGAACCAUCCAAGUUAAGGGAGGUAGCUGAACCAGUUAAAAUGCAGUCUGUGGAGGUUAAUGUGAAAAAGCGAAAAAUGGACAGACACCAGGAUCAGCCAGUGAGCUCAGAGAGUGUGAAGAUGUUACAAUACAGAGCAGCACUUGAGGAAAAAUUGAAGCAGAAAGCUGGUUUUGCUGCACCAGAAAACGUCAACGGCAAGAAGCAGAAACUUACAAAGCUUGCUGGAAAGCUUGAAACAACUGAUGAUUUUGACGAUGAUGCCAUGGAUUUGGAGGUGACCACUCGUGGCAUUAGAAGUACCUCAACUCUUUCCAGUAAACUCUCCCAGAUUGUUCCCGGGAAGAAAAAGAUGGUGAAGGGUAUUUCUGGUGAUGAUGACCUGCCGGAAAGAGAUGAUCUAGGAGAGAGGAGGUGGAAACACGAGCUUCGGGUUCUGGCUAGAGCCGGAAUCAAGUCAAAAGAUGAUGAUGAUGAUACCCAACUUGAGAACAAGCCUGAGAGUUUUGGUGACCAUGAAGCUGAUGCUGGAAAUAAUGAUGAAGACAACGGAUCUGAAGAUGACUACUACAAUCUAAUAAAAGGUCAACGUGAAGCUAAGCUUAAAAUGAAGGCACAGAUGUAUUCAAGAACCCCAGAAAUCCAAUUUGAACCAGAGAUCACUGUUGAUGGAAAACGUCAUAUCACCACUCAGAUGGAGAAAAAUAGAGGGCUCACUCGUAAUCGUAAGAAACAGAAUAAAAAUCCAAGGACAAAGUACAAGAUGAAGCAUGAUAAGGCAGUCAAUCGUCGUAAAGGGCAAGUGCGAGAUAUUAGGAAACCAAAUGCUAGUUAUGGUGGGGAAGUAACUGGUAUCAAUCCUAGGAUUAGUCGAAGCACGAGGUUUUAGGUUGAAGAAGUUUUGUGGUGUUUUUUUGGGUUUGAUCUCAGAUCUGGCUAGUUGUGUUAGGGGCUGGGUGCAAGAGCAAUUUUUUGCUGUGGGAGCUGGGUAAUACAAAGAGGCUUAUUCUUUUAUAUGUAUACCAGUGCAGUGCUACUUUUAUUGUAUCAAAUCUAUUCUAUUACCAUAUUGAAAAGCAUUGUGUUUGAUGAAA